AUGAAUCAAGCUGAUGGGGUUUUUGAUGAACUGGGAGUAGAUGUGACUCCUCGUGCACUAUUUCAUGCAGAGCCUGCAUCAGUACUAACUAAACCAAACAAAUUAUUCAACCCAUCAGAUGCAUCUGGGGCAACCUUGCCUGAUCUUUUUUCCAUUUCUCAGCAGACUGGAAUUAGUGCCAGUUUUGUUGGUCCAUUUACAAGAUCAACGUUUGGAGGUAGCACGUCUUCAAAAUCAAGCAUGGAGUCCUUUACAGAUGAAAUAGAGGAGCCGGUGUCUCUCAGUUUACCUGAUAUACAAGCAAAACAAAUUGUGCCCCGUGAACCUACCACAGAAGAUUUAAGUAAAAUAAUUGACAUUUACCUUACUGACACGGAAACAAUUUGGCUAUUGGACAUACAGCCUAUGUUUAUUGCAAACGAUUGUGAACAAGCUGAAUCUGUAAAGUUGCGUAAUGAUGCUUAUUCAGAACUGUGCAAGAACAGAUUCGGUAAUGAUCGUUAUACUGAAAAAACAAUGCAAACUUUUAAUGGGGCACCAAAGAAUAAAGAUGUUCAAUGUGAAAGAAUUGUCUUAGAAGAUACAGGUGUAAUGGCUUCUGCAUGGGAUUUGUAUGACUCAUUAAAUUCAAAUGAAGAACCUGAACUGGUGGCAGAGAAGGAAAAGACAAUCGGAGAAACAAGCACGGAAAGCAGCAUAACAGGGUUAAGCAAAGGAACCAAGUCUGUGAGCUCAUUUGGCAGAGGAGAUAGUUAUGCAAGUUCCCUCAACAUUACUGAAAGAUCAGUUCUUGCCCGGAUACCGGAGAAUACUGAGCAUGAUCCAGAAGAAAUCUUAAAUUCAGAGAAAUUUCAGCAGGAUUUAUUUUUUAUGGAGAGGAUUUUGGUGGAAAAUAUCUGUCAGUCCAAACUAGCAGCUUACAGGCAGUUGCCGGUAUUUGAAGAUCCUGAUAUUCACAAUGAAGCCAGUGAUAGUUCAACACCCAGUUUAGACAGACUGUGGUCAUUUGUAUGUGAGCAGACUAAAGGACACAAUGUCAGCAGCACCUCGUGGAAUAAAAAAAACUCAGACCUUUUGGCUGUCGGUUACGGCGAAUUUAAUUUUAAAGAACAAGACAAGGGAGGUUUAGCUUGUUGCUGGUCCCUAAAGAACACUAUGUGGCCAGAGCGCAUUUUCCGUUGCAACUAUGGGGUCACAGCACUGGAUUUUUCUUCAACCAUUCCUAAUCUACUUGCAGUUGGCAUGUAUAAUGGUACAGUUGCAAUUUACGAUGUACAGAAUAAGGACUGUGCUCCAUUACUAGAUAGUAGUGACAACCCACACGGACAUGCAUCUCCAGUAUGGCAACUGAAGUGGAUAAUGCAAGAUAAACCAUCACUGGGUGAAGUUAAGGGGGAAAUAUUAGUAUCAAUAAGCGCAGAUGGCCGGAUAAUAAAAUGGAAUAUUAGAAAAGGACUGGACUGCAUUGAUUUGAUGAAAUUAAAACGCACAGAUGAAAAGAUUUCGAAGAAUUACAAUUUUGAAAAAGAGAAGAGAGGUGAAGCUUAUAUAUCACGGCAGGCUCCAGGAAUGUGCUUUGAUUUUCUUCCAAAGGACUCUAGCGUAUAUCUUGCUGGUACUGACGAAGGUUAUAUUCACAAAUGCUCCUGCUCGUAUAAUGAACAGUUUCUUGAUACAUAUCGUGGACACAAGGGUCCUAUAUAUAAAGUAGUCUGGUCUCCAUUCUGUCCAGAUGUAUUUCUUAGCUGUUCUGCAGACUGGUGUAUUCUUUUAUGGCGUCAAGACAGAUUAAAGCCUAUCCUGUGCUUCUCUGCCUCAAAAACAGCAGUACAUGAUGUCAUGUGGUCUCCUGUAUGCUCACUGGUGUUUGCUGCUGUAAAUAACAAUAGGGUGGAAAUUUGGGAUCUAGGCAUCAGCACCAUAGACCCAGUGAUUGUGAGUUUUGCAAACCCAGGAGUUAAACUGACUACAGUAUUAUUUACUAAAAACACUAACUGUGUUCUAGUUGGUGACAGUGACGGUCAAGUUAAUGUGUAUCAGAUGAGGAACAUGACAACCCCAAAAGAAUCGCAGGCGAAUGCAUUAUAUGAUCUUAUUGGCGCUACAUUAGCCAGUCAGCUGUGAUUCAUUUGCAGGAACAUCUAAUAAACAAUGUGAUGUCAAAGGACUGAAUUCUACCAUUUGUUUCUUGUAAAAUGCAAUAAAUCAUUCACAUUUACUAUAA